AUGACCGAGUCCGCCAGAUCCCAAACCUUCUCGAUUCCCGAGCUCCUCGAACUCAUCCUCCUACAAUUGGACACCCGCACCCUCCUCACAACAGCCCAGCUGAUAUGCCACACAUGGACAACAUUCAUACAAGAAUCUCCCACCAUUCAAUGGGCAUUAUUCUUUAAACCAGAACCGAAGCUCGGCUCGCGCAGAUGGCAGAAUCCCCUCCUGGCUGCAGCUUUUCCAUCAAUUUUCAGUUCCUCCGAGCCUGAAAUCAAAAGCAAUGUCAACCUGACUUUCACGAACUUCGACAUGAUUCGCAAUCCCCAUAAAUUGGAUGCGUACAUGAGACCCGAAGCCAGUUGGCGCCGUAUGCUCGUUCAGCAACCUCCUCCGUACACCUUGUCCCUGCUUCGCAGUAGUACAGGGCACGGAGGACAGCUAUUUUACCAUUAUGAGGCUUUGGAAAUUCCAAAAUCAGCAUCAUCCGGUCUUUGCAUGGAAACUGUCUUUGAAACCCUUGUCUUCGGCGAGAUGUGGGAGUCAUUCACCUCCAAACAAGCCACGGAAACUAUCUGGGCACCUGAACAGUUGAACGGUGUGGUUCGGAAAGAUCUGGAGCGGUAUGGCGUUAAGGAUUUUGGGUUGAUGGUUUUCACUUCGGUGGGAUGGUCUCACCGCGGGCGGUUCGAGAGCUCAUUACACUGGGAGUGCGAACAUGUGGAGAAAAUCAGGCAAGAAUACCGGCAGAUAGGAUUGAAGUCAAAGUAUUCGGAAAAGGCAUUUACCAAGAGGAAAAGUUAUGGGUCAUUGUGGGAUUGA